CUCAUCGUUUCCUGCUCGACAAUCGCCAGCCAUGCUGACCACAACCAGCAACCAGCUCUAUUCCUGCCCUGCCCACGGCACCGACCACGACCUGUUCCUUUCAUACCAAGCCCAGACCGAUGCCGACACUGUCCAGGCUUUGAAGGAGGUGCUCACCUCGGUCGCCCUCCGUCGAUAUGGCAAACCCCUCUCCGUCUUCCACGAUGUCGACUGCCUCAACAAUCCCAGCGACCCUCAAGCCGGUUCUAUCAGUGCCCUCCCCACCAGCAAGGCCGUCUUCCUCCUCCUCAGCAAAGCCUCGAUGGACAUGAUGAAGGACAAGGCCCUCUCCAGCCAAGAGGACAAUGUAGUCCUUGAAAUCAGGACCGCCCUCGACCUCAAGGAUGCCAAACGCUCUCUCCCUGUCCUUCCCCUCGGUAUCGCCACCAAGGAGACCAAAGAUGGCAUCGAUGUCUUCACUCCCUUCCUGCCCUAUAUGGUGUCCCUCCCCGACGACCCUGCCCUUGCCCCCCUCAAGCAGAUCCUCGGCAGAGUGAACCAGAUCCAGUCCUUUGGCUUCCGUCCCGACCAGAUGCACAAGCGAGUCUACCGCCUCCUCAACCUCGUCCAUCCCAUCCCACCCAACAUGGAUCUCAUUACGGUCAUCCAUCGCAAAUACUUUUGCGACUCCAAGUUCCGAUUCGAUCCCGCCCACCUCGACACUCUGCUCAAGCAACUCACCCUGACUGGCCGCGCUGUCAUCUCCGGCAUGGGUGGCAUGGGCAAGUCUGUCCUCGCCAUCCAGAUCCUGUUCUUCAUGAUGGGCAUUCUGAAUGCGAGCAACAAGGACGACCUCCUCGCCAUCAAAGCCGAGACCAUCGGCAUCAAGCCGCAGUACCGCCAGGUCUUCUGGCUCAACUGCUCGACUGAGUCGACCGCCAUCGAUGGGUUGUGCGAAAUGUUUGAUGGUGCAGUUGAACCUGACGAGAUCAAGGAGUAUGCCUCGAGGUUCCUCGCCAACACCCACGGCUAUCUCCUGGUGCUCGACAAUGUCGACGACAUCGGUGUGGUCGACUCUGUGUUUGAGCACUCCAAGUCGGUCGGGUUCAGCGGCGAUGUGGUGGUGACGACCCGGCUGGCCUCGCUGCCUCCUGGUGCAUUCGUCAGUGCUCUCGAGACCAAGGCACCGAGCUUCCAGCACGAUCUGCUCCGUCUCGGCAACUGGGACGACAAAACCACACUCGACUAUAUCAUGUCGUCGUCGCCAAUGAUUGUCCAGCGACUUGUGUCAGACGAGGCCAAGAAGUCCCUCGACAACAUCGUGGCCAAGAUCAGUGGAUAUCCACUCGUCAUCCAGACAUUCAUGACGUUUGCCGAGAACUACGACACUCCCCUGUUGGUGCUCGAGGCCACGUUUGCAGGAGCAUUGGAGCUGCAGGAUGGCGAGGACGACACGCGGUCGUCGCUCAAGGUGAUUGUGGAUCUGUCGCUGGACUCGCUGAUGAAGCGAGGAGAUGAGGGCAUCGAGGCAGCCAGGCUGUUCGGUGCCCUCAGUUUGGUUGCGCCGACCAACAUCCAGUUUGAGUUGAUCAAAGCGAUCGCCGUGAAGCUAAGGGCAAGAACCACGGCCACGUUUAUCCUUGAAGAAGAUGCUGAAGAUGCCAACAUCCAAGAUAUAUUGGCGGAUAUACAUGAUGAGAGUGAAAGGCUUCGUACACUGGAAAACGCGAUAGCAAGCAUGAUUGAAGGCGAUAUUGAUGUCGCCGAUUUGAUCAAGAUGAUGGUCCAGAGCGGUCUUCUUCGAAGCGGAACCGAGGGACAGUACUCGACACACUCACUCACCCAGCAAGUUGCUCGAGAAUAUGUCCAAGCACACGAGGUGUUGGAUGUCGAAAUGAUCGAGGAUGGUACGGGUGAAGUCCUCCUCGAACUUAUCGAUAUAACGGACUCGAAGGCACAGUUAUUGAGCGAGCACCUCGAUCAGUACGCCCAAAAAGCAGUGCCGCAAGUGUACACCAAAGAACUGCAUUACCUGAUCGAUUCCCAUGUUGCUCUAUUGGCCCACGAGAAGCCUUUUUACACCAAGGCAAUGGAGACGUACAAGAGGGUAUUAGAGCGGAUUGUGGCCUUCUAUGGCACCCGCGAGCACCUCGAAGUGGCCAAGGCGUUGAAUAACAUGGGUGCAGUGUCAAGAUCACAAGGACGUCUAGAUGAUGCACUUGCUUUCUACCAAGAAUCCCUCGACAUGAAGGUCAAGGUCUACGGCACUCGCGAGCAUCCCGGUGUUGCUCAGACGCUUAACAAUCUGGGCUUGGUAGCCAGCGACCAAGGGCGCCUGGACGAGGCACUGACCUUCUACCAAGAAUCUCUUGAUAUUAAGGUCAAGGUCUAUGGUACACGCGAGCAUCCCGAUGUUGCCUCGAUCCUCAACAAUAUGGGCAAUUUGGCUUGUGACAAGGGUUACUUGGACGAAGCCCUCACGUUCUUCCAAGAAGGUUUGGAUAUCACCACCAAGAUCUAUGGUUCCCGCGAGCACCCCGAUGCCGCCCAGGUCCUCAACAAUAUGGGCUUGGUGGCCGUUGACCAAGGGCGCCUGGACGAUGCAUUCGCUUUCUUCCAAGAAUCUCUUGAUAUCAAGAUCAAAAUCUACGGCACUCUCGAACACCCCGAUAUUGCUCAGACACUCAACAAUAUGGGUAUGGUAGCCAGCGACCAAGGACGCCUGGACGAGGCUCUGGCCUAUUACCAAGAAUCACUUAAUAUUAAGGUCAAGGUUUAUGGUACCCGCGAGCAUCCCGUCGUUGCUACGACACUUGGAAACAUGGGGAAUGUUGCAUUUAAGCACGAGCACCUAGAAGAGGCGCUUGUUUUCUUCCAAGAAGCAUUGGCGAUUUGGAACAAGACUAUUAAGAACACCGAGCAUAUUCACGUCAAAACGGUGAUGUCCAACAUCGAGAUCAUCAAGAACAGAAUUCGCGAGCACUCCCAGCUCCGUCAACUCUAACCACGCAGAAGGCGUCAACCACAGCUUGUCUUUGCAUGAAAUGCCAUCAUUUCCUUAUUUUGAGGCACCGAUAUGACAACUGGCCAGGUGAAUGCAAUUGCCGAGCCCCUUGAG